CCUGAGGGGCUGGCGGGGCUGGUGAGCAUCCCCGAGCUGGUCAUGGGGCUUCUUUUUCCAGACCUGUCGAGAGGGGAGUCAAGAUGGCCGCUUAGAAGCACGCAAGCCGAGUCCUCGGUGAAACCCCUCCACCCCGAGCCAAAGCAAAGCGCUUCCAGGGGGGAAAGAAACCCAAAUCCAAGGACAGGCAGGGCCGGGAUAAAAGCCUAGAGAAGAAGCUUGAGCUUGAGUAUCUCGGGAGUUGGAACAAUGCUGGCAGCUCGCUUCUCCAGGUCUCUGGUGCAUCUUGCCAGGAACUUCCUCAGUUUCCAGACCAUCAGAAGGCCUGGCCAGGAGCUCUUCGAUCCACACUCCACCCUGGCUGGCCAAAGGUCCUAUUCUACCCAAAAAACAGAGAUCAGCGAUAAAGCCGUGUUUAUCACGGGCUGCGACUCUGGCUUUGGCUUCACCAUGGCCAAAAACCUGCAUGAUCUGGGCUUCCGAGUGUUCGCCGGCUGUCUUUUCAAGGAAAAGGGAGGAAAAGGGGUCGAGGAGCUGGACAACAUGAAGAGCGAGCGCAUGCAGACCGUCCAGCUGGACGUCUGCCAGAGUUCGGAGGUAGAAAAGGCCGUGAAGACAAUCCGGGAGAGCCUGAAGGACCCGGAGAAAGGGCUCUGGGGGCUGGUGAACAACGCAGGCAUUUCCACCUUCGGCGAGGUGGAGUUCACCAGCAUGGAGACCUACAAGGAGAUUGCUGAAGUGAAUCUGUGGGGGACGAUCCGAACGACCAAGGCUUGCCUCCCGCUCAUCCGGAGGGCCAAAGGCCGGGUGGUGAACAUCAGCAGCAUGCUGGGCAGGAUGAGCAGCCCUUCGCGCUCCCCCUACUGCAUCACCAAGUACGGGGUGGAGGCCUUCUCGGACUGCCUCCGCUACGAGAUGUACCCGCUGGGCGUCAGGGUCAGCGUGGUGGAGCCGGGGAACUUCAUCGCGGCCACCAGCCUCUACAGCCCCGAGCGCAUCCGGGCCAUCGCCAACAUGAUGUGGAACAACCUGCCCGAGGUGGUGCGCCAGGACUACGGCCGGGAGUACUUCGAGGAAAGCGUCACCAAGAUGGAGAGUUACUGCAACAGCGGCUCCACCGACACCAGCUCUGUGAUCCGAGCCGUCCAGCACGCGCUGACCUCCGCCAGGCCCUACACCCGCUACCACCCCAUGGACUACUACUGGUGGCUGCGGAUGCAAAUCAUGACCCACACCCCGGGAGCCAUCUCGGACAUGCUCUACAUCCACUGAGGGAGAGCAGGGCAGAGGCCGGGGACCGUCGACGCUCAAGUGGGGCCCUUGGCAGGCCAGGGCCUCGGCCUUGUCUUCCUGGGCCGGCUCCCCCCGACCCCAGCCCCAGCCCCGACCCCUGGCACCAGCCAGGAAGCACAGAGCAGUGCUUGUCUCUGCCAAAGGGAAACGGUGAGGAAGGCCAACACGCAACCCACCAAAACUCUGGAAGAGGCUUCUCCAGCCAGCCAAGCCAAAGAUCAGCAGCUUCCAGCCCUCCCUUGUGAGGAGCUCAUUCAGUCACUCAUUCAUUCAGGCAGUGUAUCAAGUGCCUUUUCUUGCCGCAGCAGCAGCAGCACCGGGCUGUGCCCAGCACAGAGCAAGGGAAUUCCUUUGGCUCUUGCACCCCCUCCAUUCACCCGCCAGGAAUUGAGAAUUGAGCAUCCCAGGCGAGCCCUGGCAGAUUUCAGGCCAGUCAUUUCAGCUUAGAUUGUCUCCCUCUUCCUCCUCUUCUGUCUGUUUCUUUUCUUCUCUCCCUCCCUCCCCUCCACUUUUCUUUCUCGUCCCC